AUGGGGCUGGAGCUGUACCUGGACCUGCUCUCGCAGCCCUGCCGCUCCAUCUACAUCUUCGCCCGGAGCAACAACAUCCCCUUCGAGUUCAAGCACGUGGAGCUGUUCAAAGACUCGGUGCUGGGGAAGAAGCCGGCGGCGGGGAGCGGCGCGGAGCAGCCCCGCGCAGGGCCGUCAAAUAAUGAAGGUGCAGGCAAAGUCAGCCUCUUGAAGAAAGUACCAGCACUGAAGGAUGGAGACUUCACCCUUGCAGAAUGCACUGCCAUUCUGCUGUACCUGAGUCGAAAGUACAACACUCCUGACCACUGGUACCCCUCAGACAUCCAGAAACGGGCCCGGGUCGAUGAGUACCUCUCCUGGCACCACGCUAACAUCCGGGCUAAUGCUCCUAAGACUAUGUGGAUCAAGGUGUUGAUUCCCCUCUUCACAGGGCAGCCACUGCCCUCGGAGAAGCUCCAGGAGGUUAUGGAGGGGCUGUCCACUUCCCUGAAGCAAUUUGAAGAAAGGUUUCUGCAGGACAAGGCUUUUAUCAUUGGCAGUGAGAUCUCCCUGGCAGAUCUUGUGGCCGUUGUGGAACUGAUGCAACCUGUUGGAGUUGGUUGUGACAUCUUUGAAGACAGACCCAGGCUGAAGGAGUGGCGCAGGCGAGUGGAGGAUGCUGUGGGGAAGGAGCUUUUUUUCCAAGCCCAUGAGAUGAUCCUCAAUAUCAAAGAACUGAGCAAUAUUCAAAUCGAUCCACAGCUGAAAGAGCAACUGGCGCCUGUGUUGAUGAAGAUGUUGAAAUGA